UAUGAUCUUGUUUUACUCCGUCUUUUAUCGAGUUGCACUGUAUCGCCCAUGCCAGAGAGGAGAUCGUUUUUGAAGGUUUUUUCGUUACCUCAUAUCAAUUUUAGUACGUUUGCUAUGUAAAUAUUUAUCGUCAACAUCAUGGCCCGAGUUGUUAAAGUGUUUCGGACUCUUCGGAACCACUGGAAAAAGUCUACAUUUGCUUUUUGCGUCCUGUCAUAUGGAGGACACUGGCUGUAUGGAAAGCACUGUGAUAAUCUCCUGCGGAGGGAGGCCUGUUUAGAGGCCAGGGAGUUUGGACGCCAACUUAUUGGCUCACAAGAGCGACUCAAAAAAGCUACUGUUAUCUUAAACCCUGCAGCUUCCAGAGGAAAAGCCAACAAUCUUUUUGAGAAGAAUGCAGCUCCUAUCUUACACUUAGCCGGAGUUGACAUUACCAUCGUCAAGACAGACUAUGAAGGACAAGCCAAAAAAUUAAUAGAAUUGAUGGAACAGACUGACAUGUUAAUUGUUGCUGGAGGUGAUGGAACAUUGCAGGAAGUGAUUACGGGAUUACUACGUAGACCAGACCAGGAAAAAUUCAGUAACACACCUAUUGGGUACAUUCCACUUGGGUCUCACAACUCUCUGAGCCCAAGUCUUCAUCUCCUCAGUGACAACCAAGUCAAACAUAUUAUUUCGGCUACACUUUCGAUUCUAAAAGGAGAAACAGUGCCCCUUGAUGUUCUGCAAAUCAAAGGAGACAAGGAGCAGCCAGUAUUUGCUCUCAUGGGACUCCGAUGGGGAGCUUUCAGAGAUGUAGCCUCAAGUAUAAGCAAAUACUGGUAUCUUGGGCCACUGAAGACAAAAGCAGCACACUGGUUUAAAACAUUGCGGGAGUGGCCUUUAGUACGAGAAGUUACAAUAUCAUAUUUGCCACCCAAUCUUCGCCCCCCUGACUUACCCCCUCAGAAACCCCACAGGCCUAGUUUGCUGCACCGCAUCAUAAGAAGGUUAAAAAACUACUGGAAUCCACCAGUUGAAGAGCCUCCAAAAAUCGAAGAGCCUGAGAAGUGGGAAGAGAAAAAGUUGUCCACCUAUGAGCUAUGCAUUCAUACACACAACAAAAAUCCAAUUACAAGGCGGAUUUAUGACUCCUUGAUGAUCUCUGCAGAGCCUGAUGACUUCACUGUGAGCGAGUUCAUCACAGUUGGAUCCAAAAAAGAUGAAGACCCAAAUAUAUUUACUAAGGCUUCAACAGAACUGGAAGCAAGUGCAUGCAUGCUGCAGCUGCCUGAGGGAACUGGUGGUUUCUAUAACAUAGACAAUGAAGAGUAUGAGGCCAUGCCAGUGGAAGUACGGCUGUUGCCAAGGAAACUGCAUUUCUUUAUUAGUGCAGAGCGCCGGAGCCAGCUAGAAACGCAGUGAUGAGAGAGGAAAACAGUAAAGAAACAACCACAGGGAUACAACAGA